UUUUUUAGUUUUUUUCUUUCCUUUUUUUCUAUCUAUCUCCCUUUUUGGUUUCCGUUUUGCCAUUGGGGGCCUUCCUCGCUUUCCCACUUUGCGUCUGACAUCUACAUACUACAUACCUACAGUAUCUAGCAACGGCAUUGGCUAGCUGUUCUACUUUCUACUACAUACCUAGUACCUAACCUAGUGAAUAUCUCUAGCUUAUCAACGCACUCGCCCUUAAUGCACCUCCACAGAAACUACUGUAGGUAUUGAGGAUUCUAUACCCGUUCCAUUCCAACGAAGUGGGCUCGCGGUUGGUUAUCUAUCUCCCCUGGGAUUUGCAUGCCAAAAAAAAUAUGUAUGUGUGUAUGUAUGUAGAUGAGGUGAGAUAGGUGAGAGAUAACAGGAUUCGAUCUAGGCACUUUUAUACAGGGCGGCAUUGGGUAGAGGAAGAAAAAAAAAAGGUGAAGAAAUGUGUGUUAAGGAGUUAGUAACCUGAUGUAUAAUGCCCGUUGGAGAUAGAGCGGGAUGCUACUAGGUAGGCAAGUAAAGUCGGUAAGUAGUAGGUAGGUAUAACACUCCUUAAAACAUGUAGACAACCAAUAUCCUCCUCACCUCCUAUUUCCUGGUUUGCUCGAGUUUUUAUACCAUUCCAAACUGUCGGAUCCCUUAAAAUCAACCCCCCCCCCCCCCCCCCCCCCUCACAAUGGCGGACGACCACUCGUCAACGACCCUGACCCCCGUGUCUCCAAACCCCUCCAACUACGCCGCCGACGAAACGACCGCCCUCCUCCCCAAGCCCCCUUCCUCGUCUUCUUCUUCGACCAAUGCGGAGAGCAGUAGUAGCCAAGCAGUCCCCGAAUACCGACAAUGGCUCUCCGAAAUAUGGCUCCUGACCAAGACCUCGAUCCCCGUGAUAAUGGCUUACACGUUGCAAAACAGCCUGCAGACCAUUUCCGUCCUGAUCGUGGGCCGGCUCUCCCCCGAGGCGUUGGCGACGGCUGCGUUUAGCUAUAUGUUCGCACAGGCCUCCGGCUGGCUAAUCGCCAUGGGCGGCACCACCGCGCUCGACACGCUCGCCUCAACAAGCUUCACCGGUUCAACCGACAAGCACGACCUCGGCGUACUUCUGCAGCGAGGGAUAAUCGUGCUGUCGGCCUUCUACGCCGUCGUAGCCGUGAUAUGGGGGUUUUCCGAGCCCCUGUUCCGCGCGCUGGGGCAAGAAGAGUUCAUCUGCGUGGAAGGUAGCAAGUUCCUGCACAUCCUGAUCCCGGGCGGGCUGGGGUACGUGUGGUUCGAGUCGAUGAAGAAGUACCUGCAGGCGCAGGAGAUCUACCGCCCAGGCACCUACGUCCUGCUCAUCACGUCGCCGCUCAACGCCCUGCUCAACUACCUCUUCAUCUAUCGAUUCGGUUUGGGCCUCCACGGCGCCCCGCUCGCUACGGGCAUCUCGUACUGGAUCUCCUUCCUCCUGCUCGUCGCCUACGCGACCUUCGUCCGCGGCCACGAGUGCUGGGGUGGCCUCGCCCCCCGACGCGCCCUCACCAACGUAUGGCCGUUUGCUCGCCUUGCCUUUUUGGGCGUCAUCCACGUCGGCACGGAGUGGUGGGCCUUCGAGAUCGUCGCGCUCGCUGCCGGCAGGCUGGGCACCAUCACGCUGGCCGCGCAGUCCGUCAUCAUGACCGCCGACCAGGUUAUCAACACGGUUCCCUUCGGUCUCGGGGUCGCUGCGUCAGCGCGCAUAGGCAAUCUUCUCGGCGCACAGAAACCCAAAGAGGCGCGGCGUGCGGCCCACAGUGCGGCGAUUCUGUCAACCAUUUUAGGCACUAUCAUCCUGACUAUUCUGAUGAGCACCAAAAAUGUCUUCGGCAGGAUAUUCAACGACGACGACCGUGUGGUCCAGCUGGUCGCCGAUGUGAUGCCACUGGUAGCGCUAUUCCAGAUCGCGGAUGGGUGGAACGGAAGUUGCGGCGGUGUGCUGAGAGGUAUGGGUAGGCAAUGGGUCGGUGCUCUCGUAAACCUGCUGAGUUACUAUGGCGGUGCGUUGCCGGCGGGGAUUUACCUGGCUUUUCAUGGAUGGGGUCUCCAGGGGCUGUGGAUCGGUCAGUGUGUCGCCUUAUAUCUGGUUGGGAUUCUCGAAUGGGUGAUUGUUAGUUGGAGCAACUACGAUAAAGAAGUUUCCAGGGCGUUGGAUAGACUUGAAUCCGAUGAGGGGAUUAGCACGCUGGGAACAGGGGAAAUCACUGCUCGAGGGGAAGUAUAAGUAAAGAUGAAAAAGGGGUUUGUCAUGUGGGAGGGAGUAGAGAAAAAGCGUCGUCUGUAUCACAACUUGAGUCCCGGAUGG